UUACUACAACAGAAGAAGUCGCCAGCCGCAGUAAAACGACGAAGAAGUCACCUGUCGUGUCAUGUCAUCAUAAGACCACCAAGGUUAUUCUGAAGGUACAUGAGGCAAUUAUGAAGAGCGUUUGACAGAAGUAAAGUGCUCUCUUAUGCCGGUCGCGAUGAGGGUCUCCUGUUUACUGUCCGCCACUGCUCGAAGCUUCAGUCUGUCGUGUCCUGCAGCCGGACCGCUCUGCUGCAGGCUGCUGGGCCCCGGCUCUGCCGUGAGUAGAAGAAAUAUGUCCUCCAAAAGGCAAAUGGACCACCUAGAGAGGACCUCAAACAACUACAGACAAAAUACUCUGUAUUCAGCACAAGUAUGUGGAAUUAUAAACGAGUCAGAGGCGGUAAAAAGACUGAGAAUAGCCGUGCAUCCAGACUUCACCUUCAAAGCAGGGCAGUGGGUGGAUUUCUUUAUCCCUGAUGUGGAAAAGGUUGGAGGUUUCUCCAUGUGCUCCAGCCCAGGUCUGCUGCAGAGGGAGGGAGUUGUUGAAUUGGCUGUCAAAUAUGCCAAACACCCACCAGCCCACUGGGUCCACACUACAUGCACAGUGGGGUCCAAAGUGGCCAUGCGUGUCGGCGGGGAAUUCUUCUUUGACCCAUCGCCAUCUGAACCCUCUGUGGAUUUGCUGCUGGUGGCUGGAGGUGUAGGGAUCAAUCCCUUGUAUUCAAUUAUGCUGCACACAGCAGAUCUGCUGCGUCUCAAUCAAGCUUCAGGUGGCCGGGAUUACAACAUAGGCUCUGCCCACCUCUGUUACAGUGCCAGGAACACCCAAGAGCUGCUGUUCAAGAGUUCUAUCAUUGAGGCGUGCCGAGAGUUUCCUGACAAGUUGUCCUGUGACUUCCAUGUCACGCAACAGAGCACAGACGUCGACCUGCAACUCCUGCCGUUUGUCAACCACGGGAGAAUCUCAGAGGAGGUGUUGCGGAAACACGUGGACCCACAAAAAACUCUGUGUUACUUGUGUGGACCCCCGCCGAUGAUUGAAUCAAUUUCAAAAACCCUCAUGGACCUCGGCCUCCCCAAAGAUAGGAUCCUCUUCGAGAAGUGGUGGUAGGGGCCCUCCUACAGUUCCCAGAAACCAAUUCCUGCCUUUUGUUGUCAUCAGUGGGGAAGGUGUCCAUCUGGGAGAAUGGAAAGCAAGUGAAAUGUCCCAGUGAUGUGGAUUUCAGUAUGAAUGCUUGUGUAGAUGAGGAAACUCAUCCUCUGAUUCCUGCCACGGCAACCCGUGGUUGAUCUGUGAUAGACUGCUGGGACCGCCCACGCCUCAGCUAGCAGCUGACUCACAAAGACAAUAGAGAUUAUUUAUAUUUCCUAUAGUAUAACCAGCAAGAUGAGUGAAAUUCCAGUGUCCUGUGCAUGUGUGCAUCUUCAGAUCUGUUCACAUUUACAGACACUUCUGCUGCGAUGUCAAAUCAGGUUUUCAGUGAAAAACUGUGUUAACAAGGGGACCAAGAACCAAUGUAGAGAGGAGAGACUAAACAAAUAACAAAAAUCAGUCAAAAAUGAAGACCGCUUGAAAAUCAGCAUGUUUGAAGGGUUUUAAUUGUGAAACAGAACUCUUCCUUUGGGAAAUAAGCUUUUGGUGUUUUUGAAAAGAUUGAUCUGCUUAAUUUAAAAUUAGAUUACAAAGUUUAAGGACUGUAUGAGUGUGAGGGGAUAUGUGGCUAACUGAAAAAUACUCCAAUACAAAACAGUUUGUAAAAUAGUGACUUUUUUUUCACAGUUUCUGCACUGCUGAAACGAGUGCUUGGUAAAGUGUAACCAGAUGGAUUUAUUGGCUGCUUAAGUUAUUUAAAGGAAAUGGAGGAAUAUUUGAAACAUUAGCAGUGUGUACUUUUAUUUUACACUGUACAUUAGCGUUUUAAUGACUCUUUCUUUUAACGCAGUACCUCACCUAUUUGAUAAAAUGUAACUUAGAAGUAUUACAGUGUUUAUAUUCAGUGUACUGACACUUUUUAUUUAAAGAGUCGCAGGUUUUAGAGUUGUUUCACCGAUGAGCUCGAUGGAGUUGCAUCAAAGCAUUUGUUUUUCACAUAUUACUCCUCAGCUUUACACCACUGAUCAUAUUUUUAGAUUUAAAACUUCACAGGCUCCCACACAUUGGCCAGCAUCUCCCCCCCUGCUUUACUCACUUACGUUGUUACCACAUGCAUGCGCGGCGCCCAUCCCCUAUACAGUCUCUUCUUCAGCCACAGGCAUUCACAUACCCAUAAACGGUUUCUCAUCACAGGGUAGAGUAAAUAUCCCAUGGUGCCAUGUAAUGGAACCUCCAGGUGGUCUGCAAUUGGCUCGGAUCACUGAACAUCCCUCAGAGAUGGUUGCAAGCUUCCUGUUGUCAUCUCUCAGUGGGGGGUUGUGCCGUUGAGACUCAAUUUUGAGUUGUUUGUGCAUUUCUUCCUCAUAUGAGGACAGCUGUUUAUGAUUUUAAAGGAAAUAAAGAAAAUUG